AUGCCGCUGACCGUGGAGGAGUGCUCUUUCCUGCCAAAGUUCUCCAUCCACAUCGAGACAAAGUAUGAAGACAACAAAGGCGUCAAUGACCAUAUCUUUGACACAGAGCUCAGAGAUGAAGAAACGGAGGUGUGUAUUGUCGACAUCGCCUACGACGAGAUCCCAGAACGCUACUACAAGGAGUCUGAGGACCCACGGCAGUUCAAAUCCCAGAAGACAUCGCGGGGAAUGCUGAAGGAGGGCUGGAGAGACACGCAGGACCCCAUCAUGUGCUCCUAUAAGCUGGUGACCGUGAAGUUUGAGGUGUGGGGACUUCAGACGCGCGUGGAGCAGUUUGUGCAUAAGGUGGUGAGGGAUGUGCUGCUCUUGGGUCACAGACAGGCUUUCGCUUGGGUUGACGAAUGGAUUGAUAUGACGAUGGAGGAGGUGAGGGAAUAUGAGCGAGCCACUCAGGAAGCCACCAAUAAGAAGUUGGGGACAUUUCCCCCAGCCAUUGCCAUCAGCGAGACGCCGCUGCCAGCCUGUGCCCGCAGCGGGCCGUCCAGCGCGCCCUCCACACCGCUCUCCACCGAAGCUCCAGACUUCCUAUCCGUGCCCAAAGACAGACCGAGGAAGAAGUCCGCUCCAGAGACCCUGACUCUUCCCGACCCGGCACGCAGAGACUCUGCCUUCCGCCUUCCCAGUCUCUUUUCCUGGGGCUCCAGCAGCCCGCAGCCCGAGUAAACCACAGUUCUGGCCUUCGUUUAGCAAAACACAUCACUGCAGUGUGUCUGUUUGACACUCAAUCAGUCCCUCGCUAAUGCUGAAACAUAUUUACAGUUUCCCAAACACUCUCACACACACACACACACACACACACACACACAUACACACACACACAUAAACACAAACACACAGAAACACACCACUGCAGUGUGUCUGUUUAACACUGAAUCAGUUUCCCAAACUAACACACACACAUACUUACAUACACGGAAACACACACAAAACACUCCACUGCAGUGUGUCUGUUUGACAAUCAGUAAAUCAAUUUCCUAAACUAACACAAACACACACACACACACACACACACACACCCUCACAUAAAUACACACACGCGGAAACACACACAAAACACACCACUGCAGUGUGUAUGUUUGACACGCAGUGAAUCAAUUUCCCAAACUAAAACACACACACACACACACACACACACACUUACAUAAAUACACACACGCGGAAACACACACAGAAACACACCACUGCAGUGUGUCUGUUUAACACUGAAUCAGUUUCCCAAACUAACACACACACACACACACAAACUUACACACACAAUACACACCACUGCAGUGUGUCUGUUUGACACUCAGUGAAUCAGUUUCCCAAACUAACACACACACAUACUUACAUACAUAUGUACACACACAUACACACACACGGAAACACACACAAAACACUUCACUGCAGUGUGUCUGUUUGACAAUCAGUAAAUCAAUUUCCUAAACUAACACAAACACACACACACACACACACACACCCUCACAUAAAUACACACACGCGGAAACACACACAGAAACACACCACUGCAGUGUGUCUGUUUAACACUGAAUCAGUUUCCCAAACUAACACACACACACACACACACACACAAAC